AUGACGGCGUCACCCACCACCAGCACCAGCGCCUCAUCCAGCUUCAAUUCCCCCACAAAAGCUAAGAAUGAUCUGAAGAAGGUUGCCAUCAUUGGAAGCGGGAGUGCGGGGAUAGGUGCGCUUUGGGCUCUCAAUCGCACCCACCACGAUGUGUACAUCUACGAAGCAGCGGACAGAUUGGGCGGGCAUACCAAUACUGUGGAAUUCAGAAAUGGGAAAUACAAGACUUUGGUCGAUACAGGCUUCAUUGUCCUCAACACAGCUACUUAUCCCAACUUCAUGAAUUUCCUGAAAUCGAUCCAUGUUCCUACAGUGCCGACAGAAAUGACCUUUGGUGUCUCUCGAGACAAUGGAUUGUUUGAGUGGGCUGGAACCUCUCUCGCUGCCGUCUUCGCCCAGAGGUGGAACUUAAUGUCUCCAAGAGUCUGGAGAAUGAUAUUCGACAUCAUACGGUUUAAUCAAUAUGCGCUGGAUUUAUUGAAGGCGGAGGAGAAGAGUGAGGAAAAUGUUGUUGCAAAUGGAAAUGGUCAUGCAAAUGGGAAUGUUGUACAUCAUGCCGAGAAACAAGAGACAAUCGGCGAGUACCUGGACCGGGAAGGCUAUUCGCAUGCUUUCAGGGAUGACUAUCUUAUUCCUAUGACUGCUGCAGUCUGGAGUACGAGUCCGGAUAAGUGUGCUUUGGAAUUUCCUGCUGUGACUCUGGUUCGAUUUAUGUGGAAUCAUCAUCUCCUCAGCACCGUAGCUACAAGGCCGCAAUGGCUGACACUGAAGUACGGUGCGAAAAGCUACAUUGACGCUGUUAUGAAAGGAUUCCCACCAAACCACAUCUUCCUCAAUACGCCUGUUCAGACAAUUACCAAUGAGAACGAUGGCGGGGUACGGCUGCACUUGAACGGUAGAAAGUCAGAAGUAUAUGACCAUGUGAUCGUUGCCACUCACGGAGAUGAAGCUCUCGAUAUGAUACUCCCCGAAGCCGAUUUUGAAGAGAAGCACAUCUUGGCUGGAUUCAAAACGAGCAAGAAUACUGCUAUUCUUCACUCAGACUUGUCGCUUAUGCCCAAGUCGAGGAAAGCUUGGUCGUCUUGGAACUACAUCACAAAAUCAUCGCCCACGUCUGCAAACAUCGAUCAAGUAUGCCUUACUUACAACAUGAACAUCCUCCAGCACCUCGACGAGAAACUAUUUGGAGACGUCCUUGUGACGCUCAACCCUCUCCACCUCCCACCACCAGAAAAGGUACAAGGAAGAUACACUUACACCCACCCGCUUUACAACGCCGAAGCAAUCCGCUCCCAGAGCCUCUUGCCAAGGAUACAAAAUACCCGGGGAAUCAGUUACUGCGGCGCCUGGACCAAAUACGGUUUCCACGAAGAUGGCUUUUCCAGCGGGCUGAAAGUAGCUCAAGACCAUCUCGGUGCCCAGCUCCCGUUCCAAUUCAAAGACAGCACGUUUAGCAGAGGCAGACGACCAGUGCUAGGUAUCGCCGAUCUGGUGCUCCGACUGGGCAUCAAUUUGAUACAAUUUAUAAUUUUGAUCAUCGAGAGGAUAUUCCGUGUAGAACGCAGGCAGCAAGUUCAAGCCAAGAAAGUUGCAAAGAAGGUCAUGUAA